AUGUCUUUUGCCAGUAUAGCAACGGAGUUUAUUUUAUCUGAUUCUCUCAUCCGGGAGCCAAAGGAUUUGCGGGCCAAGGGCUUGCGCUUAGAACUGGCCACUGAUCGAAUGAUUAAAUUUAUCUCUGUGGGACUCCCUCUUCUCCUGGUCUCAGCUGCACUGGCGAAAGAAAUCUCUCUGAAAUCACAAAUCACUUGUUUUCCUCCCAGUAACUUCUCGCUGAAGCAGGCCACUUAUGUGGAUUUGUACUGUUGGGAGACUCUACUCCAUCGUCAUCUCCAAACCAGUGGCAGCGUGCAGACAUCACUCUGGAUUCACAAGGUGUUCCCGUACUCUCUGCUGGUGAUUGGUAUGACCAUGUAUCUUCCAGCUUUGAUCUGGAAAGUAUUUGUUACUCCAACCCUCAUCGCUGACCUACUUUUCAUUAUUGAUGAGUUGGAUAAAGCCUACAAUCGAUCGAUCAAAGUGGCUCAACUGAUUGUGAAGAAACACGAGAACAGCCCCAAUGCCAAGCGUCUGAUCCAGGAAGAGUUGGACAGGGCUCGAAGGGAGAAGUUUUUUGAAUUCCCGCUCCUACAACGUUAUCUGGCCUGCAAGAGUCGAUCCUAUUAUUAUGUCUGCAUGUACUACAUGAGGCAGUUGCUGCUCCUGGUGUUCAUUGCUUUUGCCUGCCUCUACCUCGUCUAUUGCCAUUUUCCAGCAUUUUUCCAUGAUGAAUUCAGCUGUUCCAUUAAAUCUGGACUACUGGCCAAUGACCCUGACAUCCCAGCUGUGAUUCAGUGUAAGCUGACCUCAGUAACUAUAUUCAAGAUGAUUAGUGUGGUUAACGGUGCUGUUUACCUCCUCUUAGCCCCCUUGAUUGUUUACACUCUGCUGCAGCUCUGUUACUGGGAUAAACAAUUUCUGGCUGUAUAUGAGAUGCUCCCUGCAUUUGACCUGGUCAGCAGGAAGAUGCUGGGCUGUGCCCUGAAUGACCUCAACAUAAUUCUCCAUUUCCUUCGUGCAAAUAUCAAUCAGCUGGAGUCAUUCAAUCGGCUGGCAGUCCUGUGCAUUGUGAAGGAUGUAAGUUCAGGAGGGAAAGGCUACACUCUAGUGGAUAUGAUGACGCUGCUUGUAGGAUUGGAAAACUACACAAACGAAGGUGGGAGCUGUGUCAAUACAAGAGAGAAUGGGGCGAUUGGGCUGCAUCAUCGGGGAUACUUGGGUCCUCAACGAGAAGGGCAGGAGGGUCGGUUUCAAACAAGGGAGGCUACAGAUUGGACCUGCACAAACUCCCAGAGCUCCUCAAGUUGCUGAGACCACAACAACAGCAACAAUUGCAUCAACUGGACUUUGCAAUUUACCACAUUAGGCCUCAGAAAUGUAUUUGUAAUAAAGCUAUUAUAGCCUACUCAGAAUAUGUGCUCAAAAGAUUAUUAUUGUAAAUAUUUUACAGGGUGGGCUCUACAUAU